GUGUACCGAGGGACUCGCCAGGUGUACCGAGGGACUCACCAGGUGUACCGAGGGACUCACCAGGUGUACCGAGGGACCCACCAGGUGUACCGAGGGACUCACCAGGUGUGCCGAGGGACUCACCAAGUGUGCCGAGGGACUCACCAAGUGUACCGAGGGACUCACCAGGUGUGCCGAGGGACUCACCAAGUGUACCGAGGGACUCACCAGGUGUGCCGAGGGACUCACCAAGUGUACCGAGGGACUCACCAGGUGUGCCGAGGGACUCACCAAGUGUACCGAGGGACUCACCAAGUGUACCGAGGGACUCACCAAGUGUACCGAGGGACUCACCAAGUGUACCGAGGGACUCACCAAGUGUACCGAGGGACUCACCAGGUGUGCCGAGGGACUCACCAAGUGUACCGAGGGACUCACCAGGUGUGCCGAGGGACUCACCAAGUGUACCGAGGGACUCACCAGGUGUGCCGAGGGACUCACCAAGUGUACCGAGCGACUCACCAGGUGUGCCGAGGGACUCACCAAGUGUACCGAAGGACUCACCAAGUGUACCGAGGGACUCACCAAGUGUACCGAGGGACUCACCAAGUGUACCGAGGGACUCACCAGGUGUGCCGAGGGACUCACCAAGUGUACCGAGGGACUCACCAAGUGUGCCGAGGGACUCACCAAGUGUACCGAGGGACUCACCAGGUGUGCCGAGGGACUCACCAGGUGUGCCGAGGGACUCACCAAGUGUACCGAGGGACUCACUAGGUGUGCCGAGGGACUCACCAAGUGUACCGAGGGACUCACCAGGUGUGCCGAGGGACUCACCAAGUGUACCGAGGGACUCACCAGGUGUGCCGAGGGACUCACCAAGUGUACCGAGGGACUCACCAAGUGUACCGAGGGACUCACCAAGUGUACCGAGGGACUCACCAAGUGUACCGAGGGACUCACCAAGUGUACCGAGGGACUCACCAGGUGUGCCGAGGGACUCACCAAGUGUACCGAGGGACUCACCAAGUGUACCGAUGGACUCACCAAGUGUACCGAGGGACUCACCAGGUGUGCCGAGGGACACACCAAGUGUACCGAGCGACUCACCAGGUGUGCCGAGGGACUCACCAAGUGUACCGAGGGACUCACCAAGUGUACCGAGCGACUCACCAGGUGUGCCGAGGGACUCACCAAGUGUACCGAGGGACUCGUCAAUAGGACCGAGAGACUCACCGGUAGGACUAAGACAUUCACCAAAGGGGCCGUGAUUCUUACCCAAGGGGACCAACAGACUUACCGAAUGGACCGAGAUACUCACUGGAGGGAUCGAGAUACUCACUGGAGGGACCGAGAUAUUCACCGGAGGGACUGA